GCAGGCAGGCGGGCAGGGCAGGAGGCGGUGUCUCCGUCGCCAUGGAAGAUGAUGCGCCCGUGAUUUACGGGCUGGAGUUCCAGGCACGAGCUUUAACACCCCAGACUGCUGAAACAGAUGCAAUACGGUUCCUGGUUGGAACACAGUCUCUUAAAUAUGAUAAUCAGAUACACAUCAUUGACUUUGACGAUGAAAAUAAUAUUAUAAACAAAAAUGUUCUUCUGCAUCAAGUUGGUGAAAUUUGGCACAUAAGUGCCAGUCCAGCUGAUAAAGGUGUCCUGGCAACUUGCUAUAAUAAAACUUCAGACAGUAAAGUCAUGACAUGUGCGGCUGUUUGGAGGAUGCCGAAGGAAUUGGAAUCAGGCAGUCAUGAAUCCCCUGAUGAUUCAUCAAGCAACGCUCAAACCCUGGAGCUACUCUGUCACCUUGACAACACAGCCUAUGGCAAUAUGGCCGGUGUCACUUGGGAGCCAAUGGGAGAUGGGAAAAAGUUGCUUUCCGUGUCUGAUAACCACUUGCUUCUGUGGGAUUUGCAAGAAAGUUCAAGCAAGGCUGUGCUGUCAAAUUCAGCUUCAUUGGAAGGAAGAGGACAGUUAAAGUUUACCUCUGGACGAUGGAGUCCCCACCAUAAUUGUACUCAGGUUGCCACAGCAAAUGACACCGCGAUUCGCGGAUGGGAUAUACGAACGAUGAACCAAAUAUAUUGUAUAGAAAAUGCCCAUGGGCAGCUGGUGCGGGACCUGGAUUUUAAUCCCAACAAACAAUACUACCUGGCUAGUUGUGGUGAUGACUGCAAGGUGAAAUUCUGGGACACAAGAAACGUCAAUGAUCCAGUAAAGACGCUAGAGGAGCAUUCUCACUGGGUUUGGAAUGUCCGUUACAACCAUUCCCAUGACCAAUUAGUGCUUACUGCCAGCAGUGACAGCCGGGUCAUUCUGUCCAACAUGGUAUCCAUUUCUUCUGAGCCCUUUGGCCACCUGGUAGAUGAUGACGAGCUCAGUGACCAGGAAGACCAUCAUCAAGAAGACAAGAUUUUUGUGUAUGCACCAUACAGGAUUAAAGAGCCACUUCAAGACAGCAUAAUAGCAACCUACGAGGAACAUGAAGAUAGUGUCUAUGCAGUGGAAUGGUCUUCAGCCGACCCGUGGCUAUUUGCCUCGUUAAGUUAUGAUGGACGGCUUGUUAUUAACAGAGUUCCCAGAGCUCUUAAAUACCACAUACUGUUAUAAAUCUGUUCCCAUUUUCUUGAGCUUCUUCCUCUCAAUAAUGGAUGAUAAUUGGAAAUACUCUUCUUUCUCAAGUAAGUGUCAUAAAUGGAAUAUCAGCCCCUUUUCCUCUCUAGUGUAAAUAUUUGAAAAUUAAAUAACUGGAAUGAAGAUCA